AUGCUUUCUUCUACUUUGAACACAUACGGAGAGCGUAGAAAAGUCGGCGGAUUUCCACAAAUAACAUCGGUGCAAGCGCGAGAGUUGGGAUGUAUAUUCGGAGCAUUCAGCGCCGUGCGAGAUAUCUACCGUGAUGGCUUUGUGAGCGCUAGCCACAUUGCUGCAAGAUAUGACGAGACGAAGAUGAUCAAAGGUUUCGAGGUGACAGCUGUCGCUCUUCCCGCAAUCUCUCGAAUCGUGUUCGGAUGGCACGCCGGCUUCGAGAGUCGCGCUGCCAUUGGAUAA